AUGAAUAUAAUGAACUUGGACUACGAGUCGCGCAGUUUGGACAUCUGUCAGUUUUGCGGCUUGAAGUACAACGUGGGCGAGCGCAUUCCUCGUAUUUUAGUUCAUUGUGGCCACACUUUAUGCACCAACUGCAUUUAGCAACUCCACCACAAGAACCGCGUAAGGUGCCCUAUCUGCCGCAAGCUCAUCAAGCAGCUAGAAAGCGCUGAGAGACUUCCAUUGAAUAUCAACAUUCUUUACGAGGUAGUUGAGAAGGACCCUAUUCUAUCUAAGACUAAUUUUGAAUUUGAGGAGGAAGACGAGGAUACACUCCAGGAAAAGCUAUGUGAGAACCACAGCGACCGCGUGAAGCAUUUCUACUGCUCUAACCACCUGACUGUUUUCUGUAGGGAAUGCAUAAAGCAAUUUCACUCUGAUGAUGAAUGCUUCGUAGUAGACCUUUAUGAAAUUCAGAGGAUGAGGUAACUUCAAAAGUAGAAUAUCCAGAAGAACCAGGAGCAGGCGCGUAAACGCAAUAAAUAAUAAUGA